UUAUUUAUUAAGGAUGAAAAGAAACUUUGAUCUGUUUCUGUAAACCAGUUUAUCCUCAUAACUGACUGUCACUGUGGACAGUUUGCUUUGGCUGUCAGAUCAUAUUACUGAUGAUGAGGAGGUGAUUAUGGAACCAAAAUGUUUUACUGGUUUUAUUCUGUUUUACUGGUUUUAUUCUGUUUUACUGGUUUUAUUCUCCGCUGACCGACUGAACUUUCAAAAACACUCUGACCCUUUAACAUUAAUAUUAGCACUAAAUGAAGCAACACGUCUAACAUCAUGAACAGAAAAUGUAUUUCCUCUCCACACACAGUAACUUGUAAUCCUGCAGCAGAAACAUCGUCAAACCUCAGUUCAAUCUGGAGAGACUCAGACGGAGAAAAGCAGUGAUUAGGAGGUUUAUUAACAAACACAAAUUUAAAGUUCUUUGGCGCUCGGGCCCCGGCUGAGGUCAUCGAACGGAUUGCGAUGAGCUCGGAUGAGUAUUCCCGAUGCAGGUUCGGAAAGUCAUCCCCCGGGGCCCGACACUGGUGGUGGAGGUCGGUGGAUGAUGAGCUUCAAGAGCUGGGAGAGCCAGGGUGGAGAAGGGUUGAGCGCGGCUGGAAAGCGGAGGACGCCGUGCUUGGAGGUCCUUAUCAGCUGGGUCUCGGUCGAUGAUUGGACGUGACAUGGCAUGGUUCAGCGUUGUGCCAGAUGUUGUGGAGGAUUUGAAACGCUGCAGCAGCAACGACCUGCUGCAUCCAGACAUGUCUGAGCAGAAGGAUGAAGGCAGUUUUAACUACAGCUGAGAAACUCAAACCUCUGAACCUGGUUCUGUUUGGUCCAAAUGGAUCCCUGAAGGCGUCAGCAGCCAAGGUCAUUCUAGGUCACCAGGAUCUUCCUUCAGAGUGUGUCAGGAAGCAGGGAGAGGUGUUUGGACGUGGGGUUUCUCUGCUGCAGCUGCCUGCCUUGGAUGGAAAAGCUCAGCAGGAAGUGAUGGAGGAAUCCUUCAGGUGUGUCUCCCUCUGUGAUCCUGAGGGUGUCCACGCCUUCAUCCUGGUCCUACCUGUGGGUCCCCUCACUGAUGAAGACAAGGGAGAGUUACACACCAUCCAGGACACAUUCAGCUCUAGAGUCCAUGACUUCACCAUCAUCCUCUUCACCACAGAGACUGAUGCUGCAGAUAAAGAUGUUGGUGACGUUAUAAAGGAGAGCAGAGACAUCCAGGAUCUCCUCCAGAUCUGUGGAGGAAGAUAUUUUGUUCUGGACACCAGAGACAGACGGCAGGUCAGAGAACUGAUGGAGAAGAUUUGUGGUGAAAAGUCCAGCGUUUUCUCAACAGGCCUGUUCUCCAAGGUGUUGAUUGAGAGGAUUUUAAAAGUUGAAUCAGAACUACAGGAUGUGAAACAGAAGAGUGAAGAUGAGCAACAGACAACAAAACAACUCAGGAAAGAGACAGAAGAAGUAAAGAAAAGAGAAGAAGAGCUGAAGAAGAAACACAGAGAAGAAACUAAAACUCUGCAAUCUCAACUGGAUCAGCAAAGAAAAGAGCAAAUUCAAAUACUGAAAGAAAAGGAUGAAAUAAUAGAGAAUGAACGCGAGAAGAGAAAGAAGGAGCGAGAGGAAGAGGACAAAAAAUGGAGAAAACAGGAAGAACUGCAGCGAAAAGAGUGGAAACAAAAACUGGAUGCUUCAGAAAACCGAGUUAAAGAUGAACGAGAGCAAAGAGAGACGGCUGAGAAACGUCUGGAGCAGAGCAGGCGAGGCGGACCAGAGAGCGGGACGCCUGGGACAAAGAGAAGGUGAGCAUCCUGGAGCGAAUGCACCAGGAACUGAAACAGAACCUGCAGGAAACCAAGCAGAACCUGGAGGAGGAGCGGGAACGCCACAGGAAGCUGCAGGAGGAUUUCUACCAGAAGAGGAGGAAGUGGACGUACCUGGGCUUCACUCUGCUGCUGUCAGUGUCUCUAGUUUUAUUAUACGUGUAUCAAAACCAAUAAGCUGCUGGACCCAAACGGACCAAAAUCAAGACCCGGCUGGAGAAACUGGGUCAGUUUUAUAAAAUAAUGAUAAUAUUGGUGAUGAUUUUAAUGUGUCAUAUUGACUCCCAGAGUCAUCAGAUCAUCUCAGUUUACAGGUUUUGUUUUUUUUACAUAAACAAGCAGAGUUUGCAUUAAUGUGACUUUAAUUAAAAUAAAUGAUUUUCUUUCUGCGCCGUUGAUUGGUGCAGUGAUGAUGCAUAAUGUCAGCAUCCAUCACAUGAAUCUGAUUAUUAUUAAUCUGAUAUUAGAACUGCAGAAUUAAUUUCACUGUAAUUCUGUGUAGAUUUUCAUUAACAGUGUUUUAUAUGAAUGUUUUUUCUUUAAUGUUUUGUCACUAAAAGUUUUUCUGACUUUGAGCUCAGAUCAAGUUCAGGAUUUUAAUGAGAUUCUUUAUCGGCUUUUAUUUCCUGUCUUUCAUGUUUUAGAGUUUUUCGAACAAAAGUCCAACUGAACUGGUUUCCUCCAGUGAGUGGAGGGUCAUGAAGAUGUUUCUGUUCACCUGCUAACAGAGAUCAGUUCUUCUUUAGCUCUGAUUAAUGAAUCAUGUUCAGAUCAGUGAAACAUUUUUACCUUCCAGUAGAAAUAAAAACAAAGAUUCUUCA